UCGAGAGCAUUCAGACAUCAACUGACUUCUCCUCUCAACCCAUCCACAACCCAACUCCCAAAGCCAUGGCUUGCUGUGUUGCCCGCUGCUGCAGCGUCCCCACCGGCCCUGCCACCACCAUCUGCUCCUCUGACAAGUCCUGCCGCUGUGGAGUCUGCCUGCCCAGCACCUGCCCACAUGAGAUCAGCCUCCUGCAGCCCACCUGCUGUGACCCCUGCCCCCCACCCUGCUGCCAACCCGAAGUGUACGUGCCAACCUGCUGGCUGCUCAACUCUUGCCACCCAACUCCCGGCCUGAGUGGCAUCAACCUGACCACCUACGUGCAGCCUGGCUGUGAGAAUCCCUGUGAGCCCUGCUGUUAACCAGUCAAGUCUUUCUCCAGGCUCAGCAUCCUGUCUAUCACCUACCUCUCCACAACUGCUUCUGCCUGCAUCAAAGCUUAAUCAACCCCAGGGCCCAGGAACAGAGGCCCAGGAACAUGUUGAAGUUCUUAAUGCUUUGUUCCUUUGGGCACAGAUGGUCACCUUCUCUCUUUUAGGCUUGCCCCUCCUUUUUGAGAGAUAACUAUCUGGACUACCCAUUAAUAAAGUUCAUUCUGGCUUAGCA